GUAUCAAUUAUGAGAGGCCGAUCAUAAAUCCUACAUAUAGCCUUAAAAAAAACACGUCAACUUUGCACUAACCUUGUCAUAUAGCCACACAAUCGUUCGAAAAAGAACUUUCCUCGAUGUUCUCCGUAAAAAGCUUCGGCAUCGGCUUGGCUCCAUAGCAGCGGCUUCUGCUCUAGAACAUUCAAUUCGCGCGCACGAAUGGUGUCUAUGAUCUUUGGUGGAAGUAGUGGAUUGGCGCAAAUGUCUGGCUUUAGUAGCGCUAGCGUAUAUUGUAACGGCUUACGAGCAGCCAUUGGAUUUUGAUUUCAGCGUACGAAUUCGAUUGUUUUAACCGAGCUAUGAAAUCUUGCAAACCGACUUUUUUCGUUCCUUUUUUUUUUUGGGUUUGAACAGGCGCUGUCAGAACACCGAUUUUCGUCCCCUCUCCUGCAUUCAUAAUCAUCGCCUCCAUGUCAACGGCAAAUAAGACCUUUGUUCAGCUUUUUACAAAUCCACUUCCUUCACUAGACGAAGCUAGUCAGCUUGUGGCCAGUGACAGCGCAGGCGCCAUUUCGACUUUUAGCGGCACGACGAGAGAUCACUUUCAAGGCAAGCAGGUACUCAAACUUGAAUACGAAGGAUAUGGACCAAUGGCAGAAAAGAUACUACAGCAGAUUAUUAUGGAAGCAAGGGACAAAUGGGAAAUUCAACAUGUACUCGUCUACCAUCGACUCAGUGAGGUGCCAAUUGGUGAAGCUAGUGUCAUUAUCGCCGUAUCUUCCGCUCAUCGGAAAGAAGCAAUGCAAGCAGUAGAAUAUCUCAUCGACGAGCUGAAGGCAAGAUGUCCAAUCUGGAAGAAAGAAUUCUAUUUGGAUGGUAGUGUUUGGAAAGGAACGUGCGAAGGUUGCACGUCAGAUAGAGAGCAUCGACAUGGGCACUCUGUGGCAUGAACCAACC